CUGCCUCUGCCGUUUUCCACUGUCAGUGCUUCGGCCUCUGCCUCUACCGCUGGCCACUGUCACUAGCUCUGCUUUGGACUCCUCUCUUCUGCUGCUUCCUCUGCCACUGUUUCUCUCUACGUUUAUUACUACAGGCGCCUCUACUACUCUCUCUUUGCCUUUGCUGCGCUCUCUGCCUCUGUCGCAGUCUCUGCCCUCCAUGCCGUUGGCAUAUACUGGUCUGUUUAUGAAUCGAGUUUUGUUCUGCUUGUGAUAAUUACCCGCACGUCACAUUUGGACCCUAAAAUAAGAUAUGCGGAAACACAGGUGGCUAGCGUAACCGAACCUUCUCUCUGCCGUUCUCUCUACGUCUCUCCUUCACUCACACGCUGAACUUUGCAAUGACCCUUCCGAUUGGAGUUCCAAUUUAAGAAGGAAGUAAAUACGAUUGUUAUUGAAAAGCUGGCAUUUUUUGCGAACCAUCCAAGUAGAAACUACGUGCAAAUAACAAAAUAUAUAUAUUAAAAAAAUUUUAAAUAUAACAUUAUUAAGUCUUUUAUCCAUUCCAUUUAAAUUCAAAAUCUGUAUUACAGUAGGUGCUAAUUGGUGGAGAGAACCGAGAUAUAAGAUCAAAUAUUCUAGUUUAGUAAACCUUUUUUAUUACGACUGGGCUGUCAUCUGUCUAAUGUAAACCUAAAGCCAAAAUCUCGAAAAAUAGCAAGCCAUGCCACAAGCACAUAUCAAAGCUAUUUGAGAAAUACAAAUCGUACAAUUUGAUGAAAAAUGGAUUAUUUGGAUCUAGACUCUUUUCGUUCCAGAUAUAGCGAUAUAACGGUCACAGCUGUGCCCGCCAAGCCACAAGCUGUGGAGGAACAAGAAACUCUACCAGAUUGUUGCGAUGUAGCUGGAGGAGGCGGAGCGGAAAUGAUGCCGGCUGACCGCGUGGAAAUCUUUCCAAUAAGCAUGUCAAGUGCGCCAGGCAAUUCGAUGGUGAUGCAACAGCAGCACCCCCAUCAACUGGAGGAGCAGCAGUUAAAGUUAAACCAGGAGGCUGCGGCCUAUUCAAAUGAAUAUCAACAGGUGUUGGCCAAGCUGGAGUACACGAAGUAUGUGCAGGCGCAGCUGCAGCUGAUGUCCAACAACAAUGGAUUUGGAGAGCUGUUCUAUGGCCUGCCAGGCAAUCAAAUCCAAGUGCCCAGCAACGAAGCCGACAACUCUGGGAACAGCGGCAAUAUUGUGGACACCUAUGACAAUCUGUUGAGAGUCAUUGCGGAAAUGCAUAGGAAUCUGGGUCCGACGGCAAUUGGUUUGCGUGCUCCAAAGGAGCGUUUGUUGCGUGACAUCGCACAUGCACGCGUCCUAGUCAGGGAAUGCAUUCUAAUGCUAAUGCGCGACCAUCGACAUCAGCAGCCGCUCCAGCUACCGAACGACGAGUGACGUCACAAUACGAUGUGUUAAUUGCCUGACUUUGUUUUCACAGUGUGUGACAUAAUAAAAGAACAAAACAGCAACAA